UGGAGGUAAUCGCAAGGCUGGAGCUGCAAGUACAGACGCCGGAAGUUACGAAGCUCGGUUGUAUGUUGUAUGUACAUCUAUCCAGUAAUUCUUUCUCUUCGAAAAUCAUCCCCAGAUCAACAAUUUUAGACCAAUUCGAUCUUGUAGAUCUACUCUUCGAGACUCCUAUUCCCUCCCAACAACCAGUUCCUACUACCGUUUACCCAUUUCCGAGAACAAACUGGUCAAUAUGGCUUCGAAGAAGCCGUCUGUGAAGGAGGCGCAAACACUUGCCAGCACCGAUCCCCGAAAAGCUGAAGCUACCUAUAAGGAAAUCAUAUCUAAACCUCCUUCCGUUACGUCAGAUGCUGCUAUCAAAGAGUACGAGUCUGCUCUGAUAAGCUUGGGAGAGUUAUACCGGGACGAGAAGAAGCCGACCGAACUCGUCGAUCUUGUUACUACUAGUAGAACUAUCCUCUCCAGUUUUGCGAAGGCGAAGACAGCCAAAUUAGUCCGUCAACUACUAGACCUCUUCGAUGCCAUCCCGAACACAAACGAUAUCCAGAUUGCCGUUACCAAGUCAUGUAUAGAAUGGGCCACGUCCGAAAGGCGAAGUUUCUUGCGCCAGAAUCUCGAGACGAGACUCGUUGCCCUGUAUAUGAAGAAGCAAUCCUACUACGAAGCCCUCACUCUUAUCAACGGACUCCUCCGGGAGCUUAAGCGUCUUGACGACAAGCUAGUUCUCGUCGAGGUCCAGCUGUUAGAAUCUAGGGUAUACCACGCCUUAGGCAACAACUCCAAGGCCCGCGCGGCCCUCACCAGCGCACGAACCAGUGCCGCCUCCGUUUACACACCUCCGCUACUGCAGGCGAAUUUGGACAUGCAGUCGGGUAUGCUGCAUACGAUGGACCAGGACUUCAACACGGCUUUCUCGUACUUCAUUGAGGCGCUCGACGGCUACCACACACAGGACGACACGGCUAAGGCCACCGCUGCCCUGCAGUACAUGCUUCUGUGCAAGAUCAUGCUCAACCUCGUCGACGACGUCAACAACCUGAUGACCUCGAAGCAGGCCCAGAAGUACGCGGGCCAGAACCUCGAGGCGAUGAAGGCCAUUGCCCGCGCCCACUCAAACCGUUCGCUCGAAGAGUACGAGCGCGCCCUCGGCGCCUACCGAUACGAGCUCGGCUCUGACAAGUUCGUCCGUGGCCACCUCGCCCGCCUCUACGACGCCAUGCUUGAACAGAAUCUGAUCAAGGUAAUCGAGCCCUUCAGCCGCGUCGAGAUCGCCCAUAUCGCCAAGAUGGUCGGCCUCGACACCCAGCAGGUCGAGCGCAAGCUUUCCCAGAUGAUCCUCGAUAAGGUCAUUAUCGGUGUCCUUGACCAGGGCGCCGGUUGUCUGAUCAUCUUCGACGAGACCCAGCGCGACGAGUCCUACGACGCCGCGCUCCAGACCAUCGAGAAGUUGAGCAACGUUGUUGAUGUGCUGUACACGAACCAGGCUUCGAUGUUGGAGUAAGGUGUUUACCCUACCGAUCUUUGGGAGAAAAAGGGUAGUUGAGGGAAAAUUCUCAAGUUGGCUUGAGCUGAUGCGGAUUUGAGCGUGAGCUUAGGCGGGAUAGAAACGGGAUGCCCUCUGGUGUAAUAUUACCACUGCAUUAGGUAGAGAGCUAGGUAGCUAGGAGCCGUCUGGCACUAGUUCAACGAAGAUAAAGGGCGUUGUGGCGGCUUCUACGGCUUAUGCACGCACAUUACAUAGGCUAUAGCUUUGCCCAUCGUCGGUCACAUCAUGCUG